AUGACAAGUAGCAGUAGUCAAGUGAAAAAAACCGGAAAGAAAUCACGAACUAAAACUAAAACAAGUUCUACACAGAGUAUGAGAACAGCACAGAAAUUAUCGAAAUUGAAAUUGAAAGGGGAAAAAUCGAAGAAGUUAUCACGAGAUAGUGAAUCAUCAUUAUCAACCAAAUCUAUCGAAAAAGCUUCACCUACGCCAUCACGAAGCAGCAGAUGGCAAAGGUUCCAUAAGAUUCAGCUUUCAACAACUAAUGCGAUUACUUACAAUAUAGACGAGAAGGCAAAAGAAGGAAUGAAGAUUGAACCAAAAUUAUUAAAUUGGAAUAUUUUGGGUGGUUUACAAAAAGUAUAUUUAACUAAUCAUAGCGAUGAAAGGAAAGCGAUCAAGAUAAAAUGCUCUGAUAACUAUUUGUAUCGUGUCGGUCGUGUUUUUACCUUUGUUGAGCCAGGUGAAAUGAUCGAUAUUGAUAUCGUUCGUCAGAAUGGUGGUGCUAAACCUGAUAAAAUGCUUUUCCUUUGGACUAAGGCAGAAAAAAGUGAUGAAGAUGCUUCAAAGUUAUUCAACAAAUUUUCAACUUAUCCGAUGCUUGUGCUACCUCUUACAGUUAACAUUCCUACAGAGUAG